GAAUAAGUGAGGUCAACAAUCGCAGUGCAGACUUUCAAGCUGAGUGCCACCAGCUUAUACCAUGACUGCCAUCGAUACCGACGUUCGUGAGGUGCAACACAUGUUCAAUGUCAACGUGUUUAGGCCUAUGCGACUAGUACACCACUUUCACGACAUGCUAAUCCAGUCAUCUGGAACUAUCGUUAACAUUAACUCCGUUGGAGCAUCCUACAAUGCGUCCAAGGCGGCUCUUCAACACUGGUCUAACACGCUUCGUGUUGAGAUGGCUUCUCUCGGCGUUCAAGUUUUAACAGUUAUCAGUGGUGAGAUUGGUACGAACAUCUUGAAGAAUGAUUUCGACAGAGAGCUGCCCCAAGGCUCGUAUUGCAUGUUAUUACUAGCCUUUUCAUUGCUCACUAGCUUAUAA